UCACAGGCUAACAUGGCUGAUUUUGGUGAGAUCCUGGAGCAUGUUGGAGAAUUUGGAUUAUUCCAGCAGCUUCUUCUGCUUGCAAUUUGCUUUCCAAAUUUUAUUCAGUCUUUCAUUUUUGCAAGUUUUGUUUUUGUGGAGUUCAAUCCAAAUCGACACUGUAACACAGACUGGAUCCUUCAGGCGGACUCCACAUUGAGCCCAAAGGAGCAACUGAACCUGACUCUGCCCCGAGAGGAGGAUGGGAGCUUUAGCAGGUGUCAGAUGUUCACACCUAUUGGCUGGAACAUUAGUGCCAUCAGGGAGUACGGACUCAAUGAGACCACAGGGUGCCAGGAUGGAUGGAUUUACCUCAACAACCUGUUUGACAGCACCAUUGUCACUGAUUUUGAUCUAGUUUGUGACCAGGCCAAUUUGGUGGAAGUGAUCCAGGCAGUGUUCAUGGCUGGUCUUCUCAUUGGUUCGCUCAUAUUUGGACCUUUGGCUGAAUCGUUAGGUCGCAAACGAGCAAAUCAAAUCCCAGCAGUGUUCAUGUUUUUUUUUGUCGUAGCAGUGGCCUUUAGCCCAAAUUACUACCUUUACUUAGCCUUUCAGUUCUUGGUGGGAGUUGGAGCUGGAGGUUAUAAAAUCAACUGUAUUAUAUUGACCACUGAGUGGAUCGGUGCGUCCAAACGUUCAUGGGGAGCGUGUGUGACUCAGUUAUUCGGUGCAGUGGGUCACUGUGUCCUCGCUGGUGUGAUCUACUUCGUCAGAGACUGGAGAGUCGCUCAGCUCAUCACAGUAGCUCCACUCAUACUGAUUGGUAUCUACAUAUGGUUUAUUCCAGAGUCAGCUCGAUGGUUGUUGAACAGAGGAAAGACAGAGGAGGCCAAACAGCUGAUCUUAAAGGCAGCAGCCAUUAACAAACGCACUGUUCCAGACCAUGUGCUAGAGAAGAUUGACAUAAAAGAAGCUGAAAACGAAGCAGGCAUUAAAGGUUUAUUCAAAUCCCCGGUGCUGGUUAAAUACUUUUUCAUCAUAGCACUGGCAUGGUUUGCUACGACCCUGGCUGUAUUCUGUCUCUACUUCAAUAUGGCAAACUUAGGCUUGAACAUCUUCCUCACUCAGUUCUUGUUUGGAGCGAUUGAAAUACCAGCUCACACACUGAACAUGUGGCUGCUGGAGAUUUUCGGAAGAAAAAAACUAUUCAUAGCUACGAUUCUGCUUGGGGGAAUUGCUUGUAUUCUCAUCUUAGCCGUUCCUCAGGGACAAGACAUUGCUGUUACAUCCUUAGCCGUCAUAGCACGUUUUCUCCUGAUGUGGGGGACUACCAUAUGCAACGUUUACAUCCAAGAGCUGUUUCCAACAUCUGUAAGACAAACAGCCACAGGUUUGGGAGCCAUAGCAGCGAGAGUGGGAGGAAUUCUGGCUCCACUGGUGAACAUGUUGGCUGUCUAUAAUCCAGUCAUACCAACCAUAAUCUUCAGCAGCACUGCGAUCGUUAGCGGCGCUCUCGGUUUCCUGCUGCCUGAGACCAGAAGAAAAGAUCUCCCAGAGACAGCUGAUGAAGCUAAAAACAAGAGAAAUGAGACUUCAACCAACACCUACACAUGUUCAACUAAGCUGUAGAUCUAUGUUUAAAAUGCACUUCUAAACAGAGAAACCAAACAAAGUAGCAGAAGAGGUUGGAAACAGAGUCACGUACGCACAUAUAUUUUUAAAUCAUCUGUUUUGUCCUUCAAGUUGCAACAUAGUUAAGCAACUGCAGGGCAGCAGCUGGAAGCUACAAACCUUACUGUCACUUUUCUUUCCCAGUGAUGGAAUAGACACGUGCAUCUCAAAAAAUCAGACUAUCAUGAUAAAGGUCUUUUUUCCAAUGAUUUAAUUCAAGAAGUGAAAUUUCCACAUAUUCUAGAUUCAUCAUUACAAAGUGAAAUAUUUCAAGACUUUUUUGUAUCAGUGUUGAUGAUUGUGGUUUAAAGCUCACAAAAAUCAAAAAUACACUUUCUCAAAAUAUUAGAAUAUCACAAAACAUCAGUCCGAAACAGGAUUUAUAAUACAGAAAUGUUGACCUUCUUGAAACUUGUCCUCAUUCAUGCACUCAGUCACUGGUCUGGCCCCUUUUGCACAAAUUACUGCAUCUAUGAGACAUUGCACUGAGGCAAUCAGUCCGUGGCACUGCUGGGUUGUUACGAAGCCCAGGUUGCUCUGAUAGCAGCUUUCAGCUCAUCUGUAUUGUUGAGUCUGGUGUCUCUCAUCUUCCUCUUGACAACACCCCAGAUAUUUUUAAAAGGGUUCGGGUAAUCAUCAAGAUUACAACAAUAAAAAGUCUUGGAAUGAUUCAGUUUGUUUGAGAUUAAUCUAGAAUUCAUAAAAUGUAACUUUUGAAGUAAAUCACAGCGAAAAAAUGAACUUUUACAUGAUAUUCUAAUAUUUUUGGAUGCACCUGUGAGUCUACCACUGUCCUUGGAGAUGUCUUAUUUCACUUUGAAAACUCACAGACAGCUCAGUGGAGAAUUAAAAUGUAUCUGCACUUGUUAUAUCAAACAUUCUCUUUUUAAAUUGUUACUUUUAGAUAAUUUGACAUUUUUCUAUCUGUUGUAGUUCUGUUUUUUCCAUGGUUACGCUAAUGUAACUUUUUAUCUACUAAAUAUUCCUUAUUUAAAAUGCAUAUAUAUAUAUAUAAGUAUUUUUUAUCCUAUUAGGAAGUUCAGUAUCCUUUAAACAGUACAAAUUUCAAAGUAAAAGCAUAACAAAAAAAGGGUUUCUUUAGAUUAUCUCUUAGCUUUGUUGUUAACCUUAUCUGGUUUAAGGUUAAACUCAAUAAAAAAUUCCUCCUUAAGGAUCACUGGACAUCAGAAAGUCAUUUUGUACAUGCACUCCUGCAUGUUUCUUGAUGUUUACAGUGUAAAACAUUGUAUUUCACAGAAGCAUAAGUACUUUGAAGCUGUCUGUAGCGAUUAUAUUUGUAAUAACUCUAAAAGGAAUGAUCAUAAAGUACAUCUAUUUGCAUUUGUUUGCAUCCAGAAUCAACCACUUGGCAAUAAUUGCUUCACAUUGUUAACAUAAACUUGAAAAACGUGUUUUUUCCAGAUCUGAUUUCUCAUUUAAAGUAAGUCGCACCUUGUACAUUAAUAUGGCACAUUUGUUAUGAUGUAAAAUGAUAAAAUCAGAUGUACACAUUUGUUUAAUUUGCUUCAUUCACUCUUUUUGUAAGUAACAUUUGUUGUUGUAUAUGCCAGGAAAGAAUAAAACUUUACUUUGAAGAGUCCUUGUGACUCCAUAUCGAAUCAAUCUCUAAAGAAAUUAACAAUAUAUGUAAUUGUGUAAUAUUUGCUUCAGUGCUAGUGGCUGCUUUCAGUGCCUCAGUGGCAUUUAAUACUGCAGUUAUUAAAGAAAGGAGAUUGAUUUUGUAGUAAAGAGAAAACGUCAUUCUGUAGUGUUGGACCAGUUUAAUCUGAUUCGAUUAUUAUUAUAAGGUCAGAUAAUUCUUUUUUUCAAGGUGAGAGCAAUUGUUAGCCAGAAAAUAAAAAAUAAAUAAAACUUUUAUACUAGAUAGAAAUAGGUGAAGCUAUAGAAUAUU